AUGGGUUCAAAUCAAGAAAACUUGUGUUUAGCUGAAGAAGAAAAUGAAUCAAUGGAAUUAGAUCCAGAUAUGCAAGAUGAUGAUGAUGAGAGUGAUGAUGAGAGUGACGAUGAAGAACUAGUUGAUUAUGAGUGGGAGAGUGAUGAAGAGGUGGAAAUUGAUGUGCUUAAUAAUAAUGAUGAAGAUGAGGAUUAUACUAUACCAGCUUCUAAACCCACAAAAUUAUCACCAUUUCUUUGGGAAUGGGAAGUAGAUGUAUCUGUAGAGGAUGAUUCUGUUUAUAAUAUAUAUGAAUAUGGGCUUUGCAGCAGCCAUUUUAAUUUGGAUAUUAGUGGCCUUCAUGACUCUGUUUCUAGAAACAAAAAUAUUAGUGAUA